CUGUUUUAAUUAGGAUAUGGGACUACUUGUCUGUCUAAUAGAGAAGUGUGUUCCAUAUAAAGUCGGAACCAAGGAAUAAGGCCCCUUUUUCUUCAGUGUGGAAGCUGUUGAAUGUGGAUUCCAUGGAUUGGGACCGAACCCUGUUCCACAACUCUCUCAUCGCCCUCUACCUCAUAGCCCCACCCACAUUCAUCUCCCUUCGUUUCCUCCAAGCCCCCUAUGGCAAGCACCACCGACCGGGGUGGGGUCCCACUGUGCCGCCAUCCUUGGCAUGGUUCCUCAUGGAAUCUCCUACUGUGUGGUUGACCCUCCUCAUCUACCCCUUGGGUGAUCGUUCCUCCAAUCCCAGAUCCCUAAUCCUCAUUUCCAUCUACCUCUUCCACUACAUCCAUCGCACUCUCAUCUACCCUCUCCACCUCCGCAACUCUACUGUGGCUAAACGGAAUGGGUUCCCGGUCAGCGUGGCGCUCAUGGCCUUCGGAUUCAACCUCCUCAACGCCUACUUGCAAGCCAGAUGGGUGUCUCAUUAUGCUAAUUACGAGGACGAUGGGUGGUUCUGGUGGCGGUUCUGGGUGGGACUGGUAAUCUUCCUGGAUGGGAUGUUGGUGAAUGUAAGAUCGGAUUUGGCGUUGGUGGGUCUGAAAAGCCAGGGCGGAGGGUACAAGGUGCCGAGAGGAGGGUGGUUCGAGUUAGUGAGCUGUGCCAACUAUUUCGGGGAGGUGGUGGAGUGGUUGGGAUGGGCGGUGAUGACGUGGUCUUGGGUGGGUUUAGGGUUUCUUCUGUACACAUGUGCCAAUUUGGUGCCAAGGGCACGUGCCAACCACAAGUGGUAUUUGGAAAAGUUUGGGGAGGAUUAUCCCAAGGGGAGAAAAGCUGUUAUUCCCUUCCUCUAUUGAAACGCUGUGUCUGUUUUUGCUUCAUUGUUCAAGUGAAUGACGAUCUACCAAUUAUGCUGGUUGUUUAAUUUAGUGUUGGUGGUUUAUUGAGCAAUAUUAUUAUAAUUUAUGCUUGUCUUUUCUUAAA